CUUUGCUGCCCUGUGUGUAUAACAAGGUAACUCUGCUUCCUUGUGUAUAGCAAGUUAACUCUGCUUUUCUGUGUGUAUAACAAGCUAUCUCUGCUGCCCUGUGUGUAUAACAAGGUAACUCUGCUGCCCUGUGUGUAUAACAAGCUAUCUCUGCUUCCUUGUGUAUUAACAAGUUAACUCUGCUUUUCUGUGUGUGUAUAGCAAGGUGCAGCCGCUGCCGGGCCAUGGUUCUCCUCUCGCUGUUCCUCCUGCUCUUUGGCUGCGUGUUACCUGCUCCUGCUGGGACUGAACCCAACAACAGGCCCAUUAUUGGGAUCGUGGCCCAGGAAGUGACAGACAAAGAAUUCUUUCCCUUUGGCACAACAUACAUUGCUGACUCGUAUGUGAAGUUCCUGGAGUCGGCCGGGUGCCGGGUGGUGCCCAUUCAAUUAAAUUUGCCAGAAGUGGAGUAUCGAAAGCUCUUCCGGUCCAUUAAUGGGGUUCUGUUUCCAGGGGGAUCAGUGGAUCUUCAGAUAUCCAGCUUUGCACGGACCGCCAGAAUAUUUUACAAACUGGCUAUUGAGGCCUCUUCCUCAGGUCACUAUUUCCCAAUAUGGGGCACAUGCAUGGGUUUCCAGAUCCUUACUGCCUUCACGGCCGGAGCUGAUUUACUAUCUGCCACUUCUGCUGAGAACAUAUCACUUCCUCUCAACCUGACGGAUGAGGUGGCCUCCAGCAGAAUGUUUCUCCGUGCCCCACCAGAUCUACUAAGGGUUCUAAGCCAAGAAAGGGUGACUGCCAAUUUCCAUCAUUUUGGCCUUACCCCUGAGACUUUCAGAGCCAACAAAAAGCUUUCUGACUUCUUCCGUGUCUUAUCCACAAACCGAGACAUCAACGGAGUAGAAUUCAUAUCUACAAUAGAGGCUCGGAACUACCCGAUAUAUGGGGUCCAGUGGCACCCAGAAGUGAAUCGGUUCCAGUGGCGCAGCGACUUUUCCUUUCCACAUUCUGCCAAUGCAAUCUGGGUAUCACAGUACCUUGCAGACUUCUUUGUGAAUGAAGCCCGGAAGAGUCAGAACCACUUCCCAACUGAGAAGGAAGAGAACGCGGCUCUGAUAUAUAACUGGACUCCCAUAUACACGGCCAACAUCAGUGGAUAUGAACAAGCCUACUUCUUCUAGAUCUGCUCACAUCUCCUUCCAUGGGAACAGGGUGUUCCUCUAGGAUUCUUUAUAUAGUGUAGGUUGAAGACAAAAAAAAAACAAAAGCCCUGGUGGCCUUAUUUAUGAGCCGUUGAUAUAAUGUUACUGCUGAUGUCAGAAUUAUCUGUUGCAUCUUUGCCCAUUAUGGCCGCACCAGAUCUGGCUGAUCCAGCAUUUGGUCCCUGGUACAAUAGUUAGAACAUUGUGGGCACUAAACUACAUCCAGGAUUAUUUCUAUUCUUCAGAACGGCCAGAAAUCGAUGGAAAUGUUCUGUUAAUCACGAGGUGAUAUAAUAAAGAGGGGUGUCCCCCCAACUGCUGAUCA